UCCUGGAGCGGGAACAGGGCGUCCCCGGUGAGAAUAACUUGUCUUCCCGACAGAGUCGAGGGACGCUGGAGGCCGCUGAGUUUAUUAGAAAGGCGAUGUAUGAUUGUGGACCGAAACGAAAAGCAUUCAAAUCAUAAUGCUUUUACCGCGGUCUCCCUCGCUGAGCAAUCGAUUUCGAGUCUCACCGGCUUCACACUGCGCCUGCGCCAUUCUCGGGGGCUCGGUUGCUAGGAAACCGAGACGCCCAGGUCUCCGGGCGGCUGGAUCUUGCUCCCUAAGACCAUGGCCAAAUUCGUGCUCGCGGGGAGAGCAAAUUGUCCAUACUAUGCUAAGGCAGAACUUCUGGCAGACUAUUUACAAAAGAAUCUUCCUAAUUUUCAGGUUUUUAAAAUCAAAAAACACCCUGAUAGUUGGGAGGAGUGGCUGAAAGAGGUGUGUGAAGAGAAUGGUUGGAAUCACACAAAUUCCCCCAUCAUCUGGAGAGAGCUGCUGGAUCGUGGAGGAAAGGGUUUGCUUUUGGGAGGAUAUAAUGAGUUCUUGGAGCAUGCCCAGCUUUACUAUGGGGUCAUUUCCAGCAUGAGUACCGAGAUGAUGAUGAUCAUUGCUGAAGAGAACCUGGACACAUGCGUAGAAGAAGAACUGGAGAAAGAAUCCCUGAAAGAUGUCACCAGCCCCCUACAGGUCUGGAUCACCAGUGCAACUUCCUCUGUCUCCUACAACUUAAUCCCAAUCUUGGUGAGUGGCGAAGUGUUUGGGAUGCACACACAGAUCAGCUUAACCCUGUUUGACGAUAAGGUAAUGGAAGAGUGUCUUAAAAGCCUGGUUUUCGAAACGGAGGACCUAGCAUCCCCAGUCCUCCACAGCGUGUCCUUCUGCACCUCUGUGGAGGAGGCCUUCCUCCAUGCCCAAGUCGUCAUUGUCCUGGACGAAAACACAAGGAAGGAGGUAUACACCCUAGAGAGCUACCUGCGGAGCAGAGUCCCUAUAUGUCGCUUCCAUGGGUACCUGAUGGAGAAAAACGCUCAAAACUGUGUCAAGGUGAUCGUGGGAGGGAAAACCUUCGUGAAUCUGAAAGCAGUUUUGCUUAUGAAGUAUGCCCCAAGCAUCUCCAAGAACAUUGUCGCUGUAGCACUGGGAGUGGAAGGCCAAGCAAAAGCCACAGUGGCAAGAAAGUUGAAAACAACUGCCUCCUGCAUCAAAGAUGUGAUAGUUUGGGGAAAUAUCAGUGGGAAUAACUACAUUGAUCUGAGGAAAGCAAAGGUUUACAAUUAUGAGAGUGCCAUUUGGGGACCUCCUCAAUAUUCUCAACCAGUUUUAAAUCUGAUUUUUGACAGUGAGUGGGUGCAAAAGGAAUUUGUAGAGACUCUUAAAAACUUAACUGACACUGGAAAAAAUUAUGGAGGCAUUUUGGCUGCUCACAGCAUAGCCACUACACUGAAAUACUGGUACCAUGGCUCUCCCCCUGGAGAGAUUGUUUCCUUAGGAGUACUGAGCGAAGGUGAGUUUGGUCUUCCUGUAGGCAUUGUCUUUUCUAUGCCUGUGAAAUUUGAGAAUGGAACUUGGAAGGUUCUUACAGAUCUGGAAGAUGUGGAAAUAGAUCAAACACUAAUGGCCACAAUGACAGGUGAUCUCAUUCAGGAGGAACUUGUUGCAUUUGGAGACUUAGAAGAUUUUAAGCCAGACCGAACAGAAGAGGAAUUAACCCAAAAACAUGAAGAAUUUCUAAAAUCUAUCAGGGAUGGCAAGCAAGGAAGGCCCAAGGUGGUAGAUGUUUUAGAACAGAGAAGCAGCAUGUAUUCCCGUGACCGCCUCAAAGGAAGAGACCCAGCUAAGUCCAACGACUCUGAAGACAAAACCAAGGAGCACUAACAGCUGCAAUUAGACCAAAUUCAAAGCAAUCAGAGCAAGCUGUGAACGCCUGUAUGCAGGGAAGAGUGACUGGAAGAUUUAGAUCAACCUUGGGGAAUAUUAUGCUAGGCAGUUACUUAACAGUGACAGCACAGAGUGUCAGAGUUCAAUUGUGUUGCCCAUCUCCACCCCUAGGUUUGUUGAUUACCACAUUUCCUCAGAAAUAGAUGGAUAGUAAUUGCUAUUUUAAAAAAUUAAAAUGGAAUCAUCAGUCACUGCAUCUAUAUCUCAUCAUUCUUCCCAGAGAACCGCCUUUCUUCUUCCUGCUGUUCCCAAGACAUGACCCUUGCCCUCCUGUCCUCACCACCCCGCCUCAACCUACAGGGACAGAAGAGUACUUCAAUCGGGCUGGCUUUCUCUCCGUCUUCUCCUCUCCCUCCCUCUCUCCCUCAGUGUCUACACUGACACAUAUUUUUAAAUAUCUUUCCCCUAUUCCAGGCAGUUCAAGCAAGAGAAAUACCUUUUUCA